AUGGGUAAUGUUGGAUCUAAUAUAUCAGAUGAAUUCAAACGCGUCAAUAAGAAUGGAAAAGACUAUUUGGUGUUGGAUGAGUUGUUAGAGAUGCAACCACCAAGAGAAUGUACGAUCGAUACUAGUCAUUUGGGUACGUUGUUUGCAAUAGAUCGUAGACAGACGGGCAGGUUCUACGAGAGUGAUAUUCUAGAGUUUUCAAGGUUGUACGCAUCGCAACUUCUACAGAACGGUGGCAAAGAUGACUUUCAAUCAAAGUUUCAGGCGUACUGUACACUGAAGAUGUGGAAUGAAAUAUCGAAACCAGAAGGUACCGACCUCUUUGUUGAGUGGUUCUCAAAGCUAUUCACUCUCAACCCAAACUAUGUACAAACAUUCAAACACCAUCAAGAUAUUACAUUCCUAACGAGUGACGCAAUCAAUAAAAUGUAUCAAAUAUUGUCAAUAAAGAAUUACUAUGGUGGCGAUUUUAGAAGCUUUUUUGAUCUUAUGCAAAGAACUGCAGAAGAACAAGGCAUAAUGAAACUAGAUGAAGAUGAACUCGAUGAUGUUGUACCAUUGGUGAUAUUAAAGAAUUUCUCUAAAGAUUUUAUAUCUGGAUUUAUUAAACUUAUGUGUUGUGUAGAGAUAUUAUUACAUUGUGUUUUUCGUAUUGUGUUCAUUGCAAACAAUCCAGUUGCUUUAAAUUAA